UGAGAGGAAGGGAAUUAGGGAAUCGUUAGAACCACAUGGAUGGCAAAAUGGCGUUACAUCUGUGAGAGGAAGAGAGCAGGCUUGCUUUGACACAACUUGCCGCCAUAUUGACCCUACCCUCUCCGAGCGUCCCUUUUAAAGGAUACUGUCUCAAGAGAGAAGGAGACGGUGACUCAGAGUAAAGAUGGAGGAAGACAACCCUGAUCCACAGAAGAUAGGGGAACUGUUUGUCAUGCAGUAUUACACCCAGAUGCACAAAGACCCCAGCCAGAUGCAUCGAUUUUACCUUGCUAACUCUAUCUUUACUCGCGGGGGCCCAGAAAUGGGUACGGUUACUCCUGUGGUGGGACAGCAAGCUAUACAUGAGAAGAUACAAUCCCUAGGCCUGCAAAAGGUCCACACUAGGAUACGUCAAGUGGACAGCAAUUCAACAGUCCUGUCUACUGAAAAAGACCACGCCAUUUUGAUACAAGUUACCGGAGAACUCUCAAUUGCUGGCCAUCCUAUGCGUCCAUUCGUCCAGACCUUUGUCCUAGGCCUUGAGUCCCCUAAGAAGUAUUAUAUUCACAAUGAUAUAUUUCGCUAUCAGAUCUACGACGAGGAUUUUGUCAGUGAGACUGACGACACAAAUGAGGUUCAGAUUGAAACGGAGCCGGUCGUUGAGGGUAAUUCUGCCGAGCUUGUCCCCCCUACUGACCAUACCCAUACAGAUGAAGGAGGUGAUGAUGUAGUGUCGGAACCGUCCGUCAAAGGCUCCCCUGCCCCGCCUGUAACCACUGAAGUACUGCCUACCACUAAUAGCUGGAGUGACCGCUAUGAAGCAGGUACAAUUGUUAACAGUGUUCCUGAUGAAACUGAUGAAGGUCCUGUUACUACUUCAGUCCCUCCCGCUGGUGGUAGCAGUUUCACUAACGCUACAAGUGAAACUGAUGAAAUUGUCAAUGACGAUCAAAAUAAGCCAAAGGAUACUUCUUGGGCAUCAAAACUAAAGGCAGCCGGCAGUGCUGGUAAAACUCAAUCAAGUUCUAAUCCCUUGCCUUCUUCAGCUAACAAGCAACCUUCAUUUGGACUCCAAUCAAGAGGACCAAAUAACAUGGUGAAUUCAACACAGCCACUUCCCCAGAGAGAGCCCAAGCAGUCCAGGAUCAAGCAGCAAGACUCUUCUAAGCCACUGGACAAGAAGCCUCCUUUGACCACGCCUACAUUAUCCUCUGCUCCUUCGAGUGUCCCCCUCACUCGCUCUGCUCCGGAUUCUCAUCAGGUUUUUGUUGGGAACCUACCUAAUGGGACUAAAGAAGACGAGCUGAAGGAAAUCUUCAAGAAAUACGGGAACGUCAUUGAAGUCCGCAUUAAUCCCAAAAAUUUCGGGUUUAUCGUUUUUGACAGCGAAGAGCCAGUUCAGACUAUAAUUGCCAGUCGGGCCGAGACGACUCUCAUGCUUCACGAUCGUAAACUCAAUAUCGAGGAAAAGAGGCCGUCCUCAUUUCAGAAGACGAUGGGAGGGAGUGGUAGCGGAGGGUUUAGUUCCGGCAGGAAGUUCCCUGCUGGGUCUGGGGGCAUGUUUUCUGGCGGAAACAAAUACUCUCGCGGAACGGUAGCUGCUAGCAAGCCGCCCCCGCGUCGGUGAGCAUUGAUUAGAAUUGUUUCUGGUUUGAAUUUCUUAAAUGAUGCACAAGUUUAUUGUUUUGAUUAUGUUUAGUUUGUGUCCUUGUGUAUGUGUGUGGGUGUAUUAUAAACUACCAUUAUUAUUAUUAUUAUUAACUAUUAUUAUUAUUGUUAUUAUGAAUGACGUGUAGGGUAAAUAUCUUUAUUGUUACUAUUUUCCACUGGGUAAGUUUGUUUUUUUCUUUUCUCUUGAUAUUAUCUUCAUUUUCACCAUGUUACGUACAGGCUGGCUUACCGUUUACAUUAUUAUUAUUAUGUUGUGUUGAUAUUAUUUAUCAUUCUUAAUAAACAAUAAACUCACUUGUUUAUUUCUUCCUCUCUUGUCUUUCCUUGUCCUUUUGAAUUCAUUCCCCAUCUCCUCUUUAUAUUAUUAUUAUUAUUAUGGAACAUUUUUCAAAUUUUUGUUUAAUUGCUAACAUAAGUUUUGUCAUUAUUCUGAAGAAAGGAUAUUUGACUUCGCCC